UGGCGGUUAAAGCAAGCAGGAGUCGCUUGCAUGCUUCUUUGUGCAAAAUUAAAUGACAACAGUUCUUUUUUUGCUGUUUACGCCUUCAGCCUUUAUUCUCUUUUCUCGCCACGAAAAAGCUAUAUACCUGUUCAUUUCUAUAUCAUCUCCUCUCCUCUCCUCUCCCCCCUUCCUCCUCCCCUCCGCUAACACUAAUACUAAAAUUACCACAGCCACCGACCAAAGCACCAAACAAGACUAGACUAGACUAGACUGGGCAAAAAGAAAUGGCCGACGGAAACAUCGACAAUGCGCAGCGCAACGAUGACAACAGCGAUGACGACGCCAACACAAGUGCAUUCAAUGGGCGCACGCUGGAGCUUGAGGAGAUUGGGCCCGACACGUUCAAGUCAGUGGACCUGUGGCAGCCCGAGGGCAACCGCGGGGUCUUUGGCGGCCAAGUAAUCGGACAAGCGCUGUCGGCAGCAGGCAAAAGCGUGGACAGUCCCUACCAAUGCAACUCAUUCCAUUGCUACUUCCUGGCGGCCGGCAGCAACACCGAGAUGAUUGCCUACGAGGUUCGGCGCAUGCGGCAGGGCAGGUCCUACUGCUCGCGACUGGUGACAGCAAAGCAGGGCGGGCGGGUGAUAUUCAUGGCAAUGGCCAGCUUCCAGGUGCCAGAGCCGUCGGCGCUGCAGCAUCAGUACGCAAUGCCACGGGUGCCGGCGCCCGAGUCCCUGGCCAGCCGCGAAGAGAUCCUUGCGCGCAGCAAUAGGCUAGGCAGGGACUCGAUGGUGGCCGAGAUCAACGCACUGCCAGUGGAGACGCGGCCCGUACCGAUGCGCUCGAAGCGUGGAAUCCCGGUCAAUGCCAUUUGGCUGCGGGCCCGGGGCGACAUGAGCGCGCUCGGGCUCAGCCAUCACCAGAGCAUGCUGGCGUAUGCGUCGGACUUUGCACUGCUCAGCACGUCCCUGAAGCCCUUUGAGAUGAGCCGUCCGGGGUCGGCGUACACAAGGUCGAUGAUUGUUAGCUUGGAUCACACGAUCUGGUUCCAUGCGCCGUUCCGCGCCGACGAUUGGCUGUUGUAUGUGAUGGAGAGCCCGCGCACGGCGUUGGGCCGCGGGCUGGCGAUCGGCCGCAUCUACAGCCGCGACGGCGUCAUGGUGGCGUCGACAGCACAGGAGGGUGUGAUCCGCGGCGAGAAUUCGGGCCCGGAUUACAGCGUCCUGGAGUUUACGUCCGCCGUAGAGCCUGUUGGACUGGGGGAGCCAAAGCUCUGAGCCCCCGAUCGGCAUGCACCUUUUUUUGAGUGAAAAUAGAGUUUUGUCCAGAAUGACCUCUCGAUUUUUAUCUUGAUCAGCUUUCAUUUUUCUUUCUUC